AUAUGAGACCCUCACAUUAGUGAUUCCUUUCCAACCCUAGUCUGGUCUUCCCCCAGCAAAGUAACUUUGGGAGCACGCAAACCAACAAAUAUAAACCCGGAAUAAUCUUUGUGUCUUCCGUUUCCGGUGGGCUUGUUGCCAUGGUAACCAGCACGCACCACCAGCUUGGCGGUUAUGGCCGGGCUGAGCGGCGCGCAGAUCCCCGAUGGGGAGUUCACUGCCGUCGUGUACCGGCUCAUCCGGGAUUCGCGCUACGCCGAGGCCGUGCAGCUGCUGGGCGGCGAGCUCCAGCGGAGCCCGAGGAGCCGCGCCGGCCUGUCGCUGCUGGGCUACUGCUACUACCGCCUGCAGGAGUUCACGCUGGCGGCCGAGUGCUAUGAGCAGCUGGGCCAGCUGCACCCGGAACUGGAGCAGUACCGCCUGUACCAGGCCCAGGCCCUGUACAAGGCCUGCCUUUAUCCAGAGGCCACCCGGGUCGCCUUCCUCCUCCUGGACAACCCCGCCUACCACAACCGCGUCCUCCGUCUGCAAGCCGCGAUCAAGUACAGCGAGGGCGACCUGCCCGGGGCCAAGAGCCUGGUGGAGCAGCUACUGGGCGGGGAAGGGGGAGAGGACAGUGGGGGCGAGAACGAGCCCGAUGGUCAGGUCAACCUGGGGUGUUUGCUCUACAAGGAGGGACAGUAUGAGGCCGCGUGUUCCAAGUUCUUUGCGGCCCUCCAGGCUUCGGGCUACCGGCCUGACCUUUCCUACAACCUGGCUUUGGCCUAUUACAGUAGCCGGCACUAUGCCCCGGCCCUGAAGCACAUCGCAGACAUUAUUGAGCGUGGCAUCCGCCAGCACCCGGAGCUAGGUGUGGGCAUGACCACUGAGGGCAUCGAUGUUCGAAGUGUUGGCAACACCUUAGUCCUUCACCAGACUGCCCUGGUCGAAGCCUUCAACCUCAAAGCAGCCAUAGAAUACCAACUGAGAAACUAUGAGGCGGCCCAGGAAGCCCUCACUGACAUGCCACCUAGGGCAGAAGAAGAGUUAGACCCCGUGACCCUGCACAACCAGGCGCUAAUGAACAUGGAUGCCAGGCCUACAGAAGGGUUUGAAAAGCUACAGUUUUUGCUCCAACAGAACCCCUUUCCCCCGGAGACCUUUGGCAACCUGCUGCUGCUCUACUGUAAGUAUGAGUAUUUCGACCUGGCAGCAGAUGUCCUGGCCGAGAAUGCCCAUUUGACUUACAAGUUCCUCACACCCUAUCUCUAUGACUUCUUGGAUGCCUUGAUCACCUGCCAGACAGCCCCUGAAGAGGCUUUCAUUAAGCUUGAUGGGCUAGCAGGGAUGCUGACUGAACAGCUCCGGAGGCUCACCAAACAAGUACAGGAAGCAAGACACCAUAGAGAUGAUGAAGCUGUCAAAAAGGCAGUGAAUGAAUAUGAUGACACUCUGGAGAAGUAUAUUCCUGUGUUGAUGGCCCAGGCCAAAAUCUACUGGAACCUUGAGAAUUAUCCAAUGGUGGAAAAGAUCUUCCGCAAAUCUGUGGAAUUCUGUAAUGACCAUGAUGUGUGGAAGUUGAAUGUGGCUCAUGUCCUGUUCAUGCAGGAAAACAAAUACAAAGAAGCUAUAGGUUUCUAUGAACCCAUAGUCAAGAAGCAUUAUGACAACAUCCUGAAUGUCAGUGCUGUUGUGCUGGCUAACCUGUGUGUCUCAUAUAUUAUGACAAGUCAGAAUGAAGAAGCUGAGGAGUUGAUGAGGAAGAUUGAAAAGGAGGAAGAGCAGCUGUCCUAUGAUGACCCCGAUAAGAAAAUCUACCACCUCUGCAUUGUGAAUUUGGUGAUAGGCACACUUUAUUGUGCCAAAGGAAAUUAUGACUUUGGUAUUUCUCGGGUGAUCAAAAGCCUGGAGCCUUAUCAUAAGAAACUGGGAACUGAUACCUGGUAUUAUGCUAAAAGAUGCUUCCUGUCCUUAUUAGAAAACAUGUCAAAACACACGAUCGUGCUUCGUGACAGUGUUAUUCAAGAAUGUGUCCAGUUUCUAGAACAAUGUGAACUUUAUGGCAGGAACAUACCUGCCGUGAUUGAACAACCUCUGGAAGAAGAAAGAAUGCAUACUGGAAAGAAUACAGUCACAUAUGAAUCCAGACAGCUAAAAGCUUUGAUUUAUGAGAUUAUAGGGUGGAAUAUAUAGAGAUGCCUGAUAAUGUCUUUUAUCAUAAUAGCUUUAUAUAUCUAUAUUUGGUAUUAUUUUAUCUAUAUUUAGCCAUUGGCAGGGCACCUGGGUGGCUCAGUUGGUUAAGUGUCCGGCUUCAGCUCAGGUCAUGAUCUCAAGGUUCCAGAGUUCAAGCCCUGCAUUGGGCUCUGUGCUGACAGCUUGGAGCCUGGAGCCUGCUUUGGAUUCUGUGUCUCCCUCUCUCUCUGCCCCUCCCCUGCUCAUGCUCUGUUUCUCUCUCAAAAAUAAAAAACAGUAAUAAAAAAAAUAAAUACAUGUAGCCAUUGGCAUUUUUACAUUUGUCAUAUGUUAAACUUUGUACAUUUGCAAAUCAUAAACCUUAUUUUUAAAAUCGUCACAAAUACUGAAAAUUUGAAACCUAGAAAGAUACGAAAAAUUCAAAGCUGAAUUGGACUCUCUGUUUAUUAGAACUUGUAGUGCCUAUGUUCCCUUUCCUAUCACUUGUGCUUGGUUGUAUUUGGAGAGUCCCUUGCACACGGAUUACAAUUUACAGGGACUUGGCACUAUCAAGUCCAGAACAGAGUAGUUAACAUAUAGGAUUUCUAGGCAUUUAAGAGGUUUAGAGAUUGUGCUCUAUUCUCACUAUUUAUUUGGAAUGCACACAUUUUGCAUAGAGUGUAAGAUGUUUUAGCAGGGUUUUUCUACAUAGAGGUAACACUUAAUGUAACCCCAAAUUCCUUAGGUGGUAAAUGUUUGGGUUCCUUGUUUUGUUUUUUUAAAAUGCAAGAUUCAGUGGGCAGUCUUGUGCCCUUAACAAAAUUAUGGUGCUAUGGUAUAAAGACAAUAAACAA